AUGACAAGGAUGAUACUGGCGAUUGGACAUGUGCCAAAUGUCAGAUCGGAAACUGCAAAUGUUGAGAUGAGGAAGGAAUUGAAAGUUUAUGAAAAUCAUGUCCUUGUGGAAAGUGCUAUUGAUAAUGAUGAUUUUAUUCCAUGUCCAGUUCUAUCGUUUGAACAAUACACCAAUUUGAGUGAUUUCACAGCAGAGUGUGCAGCUGUCAACGUUCCAUUUAUGGAAAAUGUCACAGAUGGUUCUAAUCAAAUAACAUUGUUUGUCAAGAGAUUUAGAAAAAUUCAAAGCAACACGUCCAAAAAGAAGGCAACCAUGUGGUGGUUACCCUCAUUGUUUGGAUUCUCAUCUCAAGCUCUUACAAAUUGGGAGUCUCAAAUUUUGACUUUUUUGAAACAACAACCCGACAAGAUGGAUUUCACAGUUUAUACGCUCGAUCAUCGAGGAAUGGGUCGGUCCGCUCGAUUAACAUGUCUACAAUCACAAUCUGAAGCUCCUUCCUCAGAUCAUGGAUAUGUAAUUUCAAAUAAGGAAUGGCCUUAUUGUUUCAAAGAUUUAAAAAAGCAAAAUUUGAAAGAUUAUUCAAGUGAUGCAGCUGCAAGAGAUUUAACACGGGUCAUUUCAACAUUUCUCUCGAAAGGAUAUUUUGACAAAUUCUUUCUCUAUGGAAAUGGUUAUGGAACGAUUUGGAUUUUAAAAAUGCUCUACACUUUAGAAAACAAUGUGACAAGUGACACUAACAACGUUCUCAAUUCCAUCAAUGGCAUUGUUUUUGAUCAAGUCAUGCCACUCGACUACCAUUUCGACACCAUCGAUCACUACAUUCAAGAUUACAUGAAAUCAUUUCUCAGAACUUGUAAUUCUCUUUCACAAUUCGAUUCCACGUGUUCACUCAAAUUCAAUGGACAAGAUGUUUACGAAUGGAUGAAAAAUGUGUUUAGAAAAGUUUAUCAUGUCAAUGAUUCAUCAUUGAAUCAUGAUUUUCAAGAAAUGAAAAAACUUGUAACUAGUUCAAGUUCAGGCGGAGGAGGUGAUGAUGACAAUGAUCAUGGAAAUGACAAUUCUUCUCAUCAGGAUGGACCUUGUGGACUCUUGGCUUCAAAAGUUCCAUUUUCACUCAUGAAUGAAAUGUUAGGAUAUUUCUUGUUGGAUCCUUUGAGGAGAAAUGCAGUAUUUGCAGUGUUGUAUCGAUUGGAACGAUGUAGUAGUGAGAAGGAUGUUCAUAUCUUGUAUCGAAUGGCACAGUUUUACAAGUCAUUGAAAAAGAAGAAUAAUUUUGAUAUGGAACAUGAACCUUCCAUGACAAGUGACUCAUUAAUGUACAAUUUAAUAUUUAGAGAAUUUUGGAAGAGUGACGAUGUGAAGAAUGGAGAGGAAUUGGUUAAAUUUGCAGAACAUUCGUACUUGUUGAAUAGUUUGGCUGUGAAAUAUUUUAAUGUAUUUAAUGUGACAAGUCGAUGGGGUUCUUUGACAAGUGUCACUGUACCAUUGUUUUCCAACAAGAAGGAUCUUCCCAUCUUGAUGCUGCACGGAGACUUGGAUCCUUUCAUUCCAUCAAGUGCAGCUAAAAAGUUGAACUCACAACUGUCAGGUUUCAACCACAAACUUUUUAUCAUUCCUUUCAGUUCUUCUUCUACCAUUUUCAACUCUCCAGUGAAAAAUUCAAACAUUCAUUGUUCCAUGCAAAUGAUGAAUGGUUUUCUCUCCAACGAUGGAAACCUUAAUCAAAUCAACACGGACUGCCUUAAUAAUUUACAAUUUAAUUUCACAGGCAUUCCAUUGCUAAAUAAGGAAAUGGUUGGAUCAUCUGAUUUGUAUGAAGGAGUUUAUGUUUUUCAUGCAAUUGCAUCGAGUAAUGUUUCGAGUACGACUUUUGUUGCUGUUGUGACUGGCUUAUCGGUUGGAUACUUUGUAGGACUUGUCAUUGUAGUAUUCGUUGUGGUGACAAUGAGAAUGACAUGUCUCAAUACGGAAAGUUAUCGAAGAUUGACACAUUCUCAUUAA